UGACCUUUGACAUGUAACACACAACUUCCGGAUUGCGCCAGUGAUUGUAACGACCAGCUGACUUUGCCCGAUUUGGAAACUUUCUCUGCGUUUUUCGUGCGUAACUAGGACUUGACAAUCGUCACAAGUUUCUGAAGGACUUAUUUCUCUUCAAUUGAACAUUUAGAAAUGUCGAUAUUUACGCCGACAAAUCAGAUUCGACUGACAAACGUCGCAGUCGUCAGACAGAAGAGAGCAGGGAAAAGAUUUGAGAUCGCUUGUUACAAAAACAAGGUGAUGGGAUGGAGAAGUGGCGUAGAGAAAGACAUAGAUGAAGUCCUUCAAACCCACACUGUGUUCACAAAUGUGUCCAAGGGAGAGGUGGCCAAGAAACAAGACAUGGUGAAGGCAUUUGGCACAGAGGACCAGACAGAGAUUUGUAAACAGAUAUUGAAGAAAGGUGAGCUGCAGGUGUCAGAGAAGGAGCGUCACUCCCAGUUAGAGUCCAUGUACAAGGAUAUCGCUACGCUGGUAGCGGACAUGUGCGUGAACCCGGAGACAAAGAGACCGUACACCGUCGGGCUGAUUGAGAAGGCCAUGAAGGAUGUGCACUUUUCCGUCAAACCAACCAGAAAUACGAAACAACAGGCACUGGAAGUGAUAAAGAAACUGAAGGAGACAGAAACCAUCAACAUUGAGCGUGCCCAGAUGCGCAUCAAGUUCACCGUUCCACAGCGAGAGGCAAAGAAGGUGCGGACUAAGCUGACCAAGAUUGCCAAGAAGGUGGAGGGAGAAAACUGGGAAGAUGACGAGUUCAAUAUGGUGGCCCUGAUGGACCCUGGGUGUUUCCGUGAGGUGGAUGAGCUCAUCAGAGUAGAGACCAAAGGGAAGGGCAGCAUGGAGCUGCUGAGUCUGAAAGAGGUGGAGGAAGGAGAUGAGAAGUUCUGAAG